AUGGCGUACUUUCUGCCGUCCUUCUUCCAAAGGAGGCUCCUCAAGUAUGCCUUGUCCCGCGUGGGAUUGGUGGAUACAGAGGCUCUGGAUCCUGAUAACCUGGGAAUCCGGUUCGGUCAGAGGAGUACUGUCGAGCUGCGUGAUAUUGGGCUAAAGCUAGAUAAACUCGCAACCCUUCUGAACCUUCCUCCAUCAUACGAAGUACUUAGCGCCCGGAUAGCGUUCCUGCGGAUCACUGUUCCAGCCGAUAUCUACAGUAGUAGCAUCAUCUGUGAAGCCACCGGUAUUCAUGUUCACAUUCAGUGUUUGUCCGAAGAGGCCGGGCAAGGGAAAAGUGGAAAAGGCCGGAGCUCUAGCUCUCCAAAAGCGUCACUCGGCGACGAGCAGAUCAUCCCCACACCAUCAAAUCUCGCAGAAUCUUUUUUGCAGACUGAGCCGAAGGAGGAAAAGGAAGAGCUACAGGCAGCAAUAUCAUCACAGUCGCACAUUCUACAACGGGAGUCAUCGUCUUCUGAUCAGGAGGAAGAUGAAGAAGAAUUGGGGCUUGGAAAUGAAGCCACGUCGCUGCCCAGUUUCGUGGCUGGCUUUUUGAAAGGCGUGGCAGACCGGCUACAGCUCAUAAUCAAAGAUGUCGCUGUGCGACUCGAUAUGGGUCUUAAACAGGAGGCCCCAUCCAAGAGGCAACCUGAGGAGAAGCCAGAUGUUGUUGCAGGCUUGUUCACUAUUGGAGAGAUCAACGUUUACGGGGUUUCAGGGGUCACUACUGGUCCGGAUGGUACCCCGCCUCUCCGCGAAGGGAAGAGGCUGCUUUCCCUUAGUGAUAUUAACCUAGGCCUCGUAGCGGAUCCGAUGAUUUUUGCAAACUAUUCGAGAUUCACAUCACCACCAUCACCAACUACCACGAUGCAUUCAAAGGAAGGCCACCCGCUGAGCAGGGCGACUUCACCUCCCUUCUUGGACGCGCCAGAGCCAGAGGCAGAUCUAGCCAUGACAAGGUCAACAAUUUUCGAACCAUCUCCAGCUUUUUCACAAUGCAGCGUGGAGCAGCACGGAAUGGAAGCUUCUUCAUUCUCCAAUGAUGGUCGGUUUUCAGAUGCCAAUUCGUACACCGAAAGUGCUGGUCGCUCGCCAUAUGAGUCUCAGGUCUUUGAGGAUGAUCCGUUCCAGGACAAUCCGGGCUAUCUAGACUCUGUCAUCGACUCGCAGUUUGAUUAUUAUGAUGAGCAACUACCCCCAACAAUGCAAUCUUCCGGGGGUCCAAUCCAAGCCAGCAGACGCAAGCUAAGCCAAGGCAACUCAUCAUAUCUAAAUCACGUUGCUGGCGGCGAUGAAUAUCAUGAUUUGGAAGACAAUCUAAAUUCAAAACCCUCACAUGGCUCCCACCUUCACGAUCACGAAAGCCAUAAACAACAUGGUCCUCAAGAGGAUGUCAUGGUUCAGUCUUCUACCCUUCCACUAGGCGAAGAAAAUUUUAUACGGCAUCUGAAUUCUUCACAAAAUGCACAAGAUUUGUUUCCUCCAUCCAAUCCUGGAAGUGAAAAUUCGGCUAUGGCAACAUCUGAUGCCAACCUCACUGAGUCCAAGUAUUUUUCUCAUGAUGAAGCGCAAAGUCUGUACAUGAGUGCGGUCAGUCAAGGAUCCCAUCAUAUGCCUGGUGCAUGGGACUCUUCUGGCCGGCAGGACGAUCUCAAAGAUUCCAACUCUUUUCAACAGUCCCGUAGCAUUGGUCCUAGUCCUGAGGCGGAGGAGAACCAGGAAAACGUGGGGGACUCAACCCCAAAAUUGCCCGGACCACCCGGCUCUUACUUUGGGAUCAACACGACUCCUAUGAAUAUGUCAUCAUCUCAAUCAGCAGGACCCGAUAAAUCAUCGGACGCUUCCUCGCCAAACGUUGGGAAAAUCAGGGAGAUCAAGAAACCAAUCCUUUCAGUCAAUCGACUAUAUUUCUGGGUUCCAUCAGAUCCUGACGGAGAGCCAGGAGACAAGCUCUAUCCUCCGGCAUCAUUCGAGAAAGCUGAUAGUGAUAAUAAUGAUCUUGCAUACGGCGUCGAAGAGAGUAUGUUCGCCUCAAAGACAUAUGCUUCAACCAGAUUGCCACAAAACCUAGCCGAGCCCUCCAUUGCUUCUGAGUCUGGCGCUACUGGUCAACAGCAGCCUGCCGCACGGAGACAGGAGCUAGCUGUUGAGGCUUUCGCGGUAAAUCUCCACUUCGACAUCGCGACUGGGUGGCUUCUCGUCAAAAUAUCCCAGAAGUUGUCUCGUUCAAUUGAUACACCUCAAAAUGAUCAACGACCAAAAUCCCCAAAGACCUCACCGAAUGAGUCAACGCCUCAAAAUCCCUUAAACGUGACUCUCAUUCCCCCUCCUUCACCCCCAUCUCCAUUGGAGGAUAUCGUCCUUCGAGCGACUGCUUCUGGCUUGAAACUUAACCUCUCAUCAAGUGACAAAAAGACCAAUGUCCAUCUCGGUAUCGCCAAGUUUUCAUUCGGGGUAGCGUCAGAAGACUUCAUCUGUUUCAAUGAGUCUCUGAAAAUGCGCGAGUCUACAAGAGAUAUCAUGUCAAACUCCCACGAUGACAUAUCCCUAUCCCUUGUCAAGACUGCCAAUUCCGCGAAGGUUGAAGUUUCGACACUGCCUUUGCAUAUCAAUUUUAACAUCCAAUAUCUGGAAGAGGUUCUUGGGUGGUUAGGUGGACUGAGCACAAUACUUGAGCUUGGAAGUUCUAUUUCAUCUACUUCAACAAUGAAAGGUGGUGCCAACCCCGUAACGAAGCGCCCUCGUGGUGUUCAUUUUGAAACUCCUGCACCAAUCUCCAACAAAGAAAGCUCAAAUUCUACUCUACUGAAGGUCAAUGCAAGGAUUGGAGGCAUUGCAUUAGACGUCAUCGGAGAGAGCCAUUUCCUCAAGCUCACUACUACUGCUGUCAAGAUCGUGAGCAGGUUUGAAGGCAUCGGUGUCCAAAUCGACAAAACCCGGCUGUCUGGUCCUCUACCGGUGGAAGAUACCGCUGAUGCCCCUGCACAAGUGACGUUGAACAACAUCCGCCUCGAGUUCUUAUUUGCGCCCAAAGAAGUCGACCUCGAUCGUCUUUUGACCCUAAUCACUCCGUCCAAGGAUAAAUAUGAAGAUGAAGAUGAUAUUAUGCUCGAGACUCUGCUGCGUCAAAGGAGACAGGGAUCAGUUCUUCGUACCACCGUUGGAAGAGUAGAAACGAUUAUCUCAGAAACUGACAAACUAGCCCCCUUAUCCACUCUUGGAUUGGAGCUAAGUCGGCUGUCUAAUGUCACCAAGUACCUUCCUGAAGACGAUCGUCCAGGGCUUCUCACUUUAACUUUGCUCCGGGAAUUUGAUGGCCGAUUUCAUCUGAAUGGUGAAGUUGGAAGUAUAAAUACGCAUUUCAAAGACGUCGAGGCUGCUUGGAUCAGCAUGCCUUCUCUUAUCGCUAUGCAGAUUGGCUCGAUAUUCGUGGAUAGGAAUGGCGACGAAGAGCUCAUUGGCGAAGCUUUGCUACCCGGGCCAGCCCAGUCGCCGAUGAAGCAAAAGCCCCCUGUCCUUAUGGCAAGAUUUAUUCCAGACGAGAUGGAUCCCACUUUCAAGAUCAAGCUUCAUCAUCUUCGCGCAGAGUACAAGAUACCUUCGGUAAUGGCGUUCCUGGGGCUCAGUCAUGAUGCCACCAGUGGAGAGCUCACGAGCGAGAUGGCAACUUCAAUUGCCAACCUUGCUGAACACUCAGCACGAGCAAAAGAUCCGUCCGCAUUCUCUUCAGGCAAAUCAGAAUCUUCAAAGGAACCCAGCAAGCCCAUGAAACUCGCUGUCAUUUUCCGAGAUACGGUUCUUGGCCUGAACCCUCGCAAUUCAUCAUCAAAAGCUCUAGCAGUUCUCACCAAUGCGAAGUUCAGUGGAACCAUGCACAGCAAAGAGUCGUCGGACGCCACCUUCGAUAUUCGCAAGGCGUCUUUGAUGAUCAUUGAUGAUGUGAAAAAUGCAGGCAAAACGGAGAACCUUCACCAACGCCGAUCAGCGGUCAUCCAAAAUAGUCAGACCCAAGCAUAUAUAGAUGCAGGCUAUGUCCCUGUCACAAGUAUCUCGUCUGCCACUGCAAUUGUUAAGCUAAUGCGUCUUGCUGAAGAUGGAACCCAGUCAUUGGAUGUUGAAUUCAGAGACGAUCUGUUGAUUCUCGAGACUUGCGCUGAUUCGACCCAGACCCUCAUAACCAUUUUGAACGGGCUCCAGCCUCCGACUCCGCCAAAUGUGACAGCCAAAUACAGAACUGAGGUGAUGCCAAUCCAGGACAUGCUCGCAUCAUUUACCGGAGAUGCAUUUUCUGCAGGUUCUGAUGAAGCAGCUGCACCAUAUGCCGAGCCUGACACCGACCUACUUGAUGCCGCUUUGGACAACCGUUUGAGCGAGGAACUUGAAUAUGUCAGCGAUUUCUAUCCGGGUAGCGAAGGCUCUGAGCAUCCGGAGGCUGGCCAAGAAGAUCUGGUCGAUAGCUUCCGUUCUGAGUAUUACGUCUCAUCUAGCAUCGGCGAACUUGAUUUCCAAGAUGAUCAUUUUGCCAAGCAAUCGGCUGUUGGUGGGACAGCCCAUCGGUGGGAUUCAACCCAUAACACAUAUGGGCUCUCAAACGAUCAGAAACUCCAACGCAGCCCUUUGCGAGUCAGAGUGCGGGAUAUGCACAUAAUCUGGAAUCUUUUCGAUGGCUAUGAUUGGCAGCGGACAAGGGAUACAAUCUCAAAAGCCGUGAAAGACGUUGAAGUCAAAGCUACUGAGCGGCGAGCCCAGGCAUCCCGUAUGUCACCUGACGCUGAAGAAGAAGAGGAGUCCGUUAUUGGAGAUUUCCUGUUCAAUUCGAUCUACAUUGGAAUUCCUGCCAACAAAGAUCCUCGCGAGCUUCACCGCGAGAUCAACCGCGACAUCAAUGAUUUAACCAGCGAGACCGGAGAGUUACGCGACGACAACCACAGGGGUGUCUCUGCUGAUUUGGUCGUUUUCCCACCUGGUUCAGAAGAGACCCAAAGCUCUCUGGAUGUACGUGUCAAGGACUUGGAGAUCUUCGAUCAUGUCCCUACCUCUACCUGGAAGAAGUUCGCAACAUACAUGCAUGAGGCAGGCGAGCGAGAGACUGGGACCUGCAUGCUCCAUCUUGAAAUACUUACUGUAAAGCCCGUUCCUGAGCUUGCAGCGUCUGAGAUUGUCCUCAAGGCUACAAUCUUGCCAUUGCGGCUGAUUGUUGAUCAAGAUGCAUUGGACUUCAUGAGCCGAUUUUUCGAAUUCCGCGACGACUCCGCCGAGGUAUCUAGCACCCCAGGCGACGUUCCAUUUUUGCAGCGAGUUGAAAUCAAUGCUAUAAAGGUCAAACUGGACUUCAAGCCCAAGCGGGUGGACUAUGCUGGCCUUCGCUCUGGCCGAACGACAGAAUUUAUGAACUUUUUCGUUCUCGAUGGUGCCGACAUGGUCCUGCGCCACGUGAUCAUUUAUGGAAUUUCUGGAUUCGAUCGACUGGGCAAUACAUUGAACGACAUAUGGAUGCCAGAUGUCAAACGCAACCAGCUUCCUGGUGUACUCGCAGGGCUCGCACCUAUCCGAUCCUUGGUCAAUGUCGGGGGAGGCGUGAAAGACUUAGUUGUGGUUCCCAUGAGGGAGUACAAGAAGGACGGGCGCAUAGUGCGCAGUAUCCAGAAAGGAGCUGUAGCAUUUGCCAAGACCACAUCGAAUGAGAUUGUCAAGCUGGGAGCGAAACUUGCCAUCGGCACGCAGACAGUCCUCCAGGGUGCUGAAGAUUUAUUGACAAGCCCGAAUGCCAUUGCUGCGUCUGAGGAGAGCGGCGACGAUGAAGACGAGGUCAACAAGAUCUCUCCUUACGCUGACCAACCGAUCGGUGUUGUUCAGGGCCUACGCGGGGCUUUCCGAGGACUGGAACGUGACUUACUCCUUGCCCGAGAUGCUAUUGUGGCUGUCCCCGGUGAAGUGGUCGAAAGCGGCAACGCUGUUGGCGCAGCCAGAGCUGUCUGGAAGCGAGCCCCUACGGUAAUCCUUCGACCGGCCAUCGGCGUCUCCAAAGCCGUUGGGCAAACACUCCUCGGUGCCGGCAACACCCUUGAUCCGACAAAUCGCCGCAGAGCGGAAGAUAAAUAUAAACGCCGUUGA